AUGUUCUUUGCAACGCGUCCACAACGUGUUGACUUCCUUACCUCCCCACAACGAUAUACUCCCCAAAUAUUGUCAAUUCGGAACUUCUCCAGAACCACCAACGCCUCGGACACCAACGAAGGAAUGCCUAACCGUCAAAGUCCCCUCGCAAAAGCCCUCUCGGACGAAGGCCGUCCUGCUAGCGUACCGCCGGCUCCUGGAACGAUACACGCCGCACCCACAGCAAUUCGGGGCUCUCUUCUUAGUGGACGCCUCUCACCAAGCAUGAACAGACCGUCAUCGAUCCCACCAACUCUGCAGAACAAGUACUCGUAUCCGAACUUGCGCGACCCACGAAGCUCAGCAGGCUCCAUAUCAGGCGGAGGAGCAGGGAUCGACGAUGGAGGGGCGACGUCGUUGGAUCUUACGGACCUCCUGCAACGCUCAGGUCCAUCGGUUGUGAAGACUCGCACAGGGAGCGUGCUCUCGAGAGGCUUUAUCUUGAAGACGGACCACUAUCCUUCCGGCCGAGCGCUGGAUCUUGACCUCAACGUGCAUGGCGCGCCGAACUUCCGGGCUCCACGGUAUGGGGACCUCAACGUGUUCGGCGCAGCCCAACCUCGUACCCAGGGCCUUCGUGCUAUUCUCUCCAUCCUGCGAUGCCGCCCAAACACGACGAACCCCUCUCACGUAGUCUGGUUCUCGACGCGUGAGGAGCCCAUCAUCUACAUUUCCGGCCGGCCUUUUGUCCUCCGAGACGCCUCCGAACCGCGUCGGACACUUUCUAUGUCAGAUCGCGCCGAGAAUCUUGAAGCUAUCGAGACGCGCCUCAAGAACGAUAUCCUUCAAGAAGCUGUUAGGUACGGCGGCGUGGUUCUCACCCAUAAUGAAGUCGCUGCGGACAGUGGAGAAGGAGCGAUCUUACCGACAUGGACGGCUGUGGAUAACGGGAACGUGAAGACGUCGCGGGAACUUUGGGAGUUCAUGAAGAAAGAAGGGUGGAAUGUCGAUUACCAUCGAAUCCCCAUCUCUCCAGACCGUCCAAUCGAAGACAACUAUCUUGACGCGUAUCUACGUGUAAUUCGCGAAACAGACCCAACAAAGACUGCUCUCGUGUUUUCAUGCGGUAUGGGCGCGGUCCGAACAACCUUUGCCAUGGUCGCCGCUUCGCUUGUACGAAGGAAGCAAAUCAUGGACAAGGGCGGUCACGACCCAUAUGCUCUCAAAGCGCUUAAUGGUGUGAACCCGCUGUCGUCGAGUCCAGGGACGAGCACUCCCACCGAGAGCCGAAUCCUCCAAUCGCUCGAGCAAGCCAACGCCCAACAGGAACUGAGUAGAUCCCUCCUUCGAUUGACAUACCUCCUCCAACAAUGUCUCGAGGACAACAACACGCAAUCCGCCAUCGAACUCCUCAUGACUCAGCCAACAUUAUUAGAGAACCUGAGGAAGGCGCACCUAGGGAACUACGGCGUCGUAUUGAGCUUGCUGGGCUGCCUAGACCACGGCCUUCAAGCGAAGCGGCUCGUCGACCGCGUCAUUGAUGCUACGAACCAGGUCACCAACCUCCGCGAGGAUAUUCUAACCUACCGGCUCAAGUACUCACUAACAACUAUGGACGAGGCAGGGGGUGAGAAUUUCCUGAGCAAAGCUGGCAAGGCGCUCGAAAAAUAUUUCUUCAUGAUCGCGUUCGCGAGCUUCGUCGAGGAGUCGGACGGGCAGUUUAGCCAGAGCUUCUCGGAUUGGUUGAAGGCGAGGACGGAGAUCUGGACACAAGUGACAUUCCUGCGCAAACAUCAUGGCUCGCGUUUGAACGUGUUUGCCCCCGUAAACGACCUUUCCUCGUUGUCCAAGUCAGGCUCGGAGGCACGAUCGCUGAUACCAGGGAAGCGAAACGAUGUGGCUAUCGCUGGUGGGCAGAUUCUGGGAGACGAAUACUCUGACCAUGUCGUGAAGCACCGGAGUGGUAUCAUCCUACGCGAAGGCACCCUCCUGAAAUCCGACCAAUGGCUCCGGGAGUCAUCCCAAGUUGAACACGAAGUUCGAGGUGCAAUCAACUUCCGCCAGGUCCCUGGAACAGAGAUCUACGUGCUCGGACAACCCACGCUCGAAGCGAUCGACGAGGUUGUAUCGAGGAUCAAGAAUAACCACCCGAAUGCGUCAAAGGUCGUGUGGAUCACGCUGAGGGAGGAGCCGAUAGUAUACAUCAAUGGCGCACCGUACUGCUUGAGGAGGCAGAAUUACUCGCUGAGGAAUAUGAAAGAUUAUGGUGGAAUUUCGGCCUCGCGGUUAGAGAUACUCGAAGACAGGCUCCGAGACGACGUCAUCGCAGAGCUCAACUCGUUUGGUGGACGCCUCCUGUUGCAUACAGAGACAGCCGAUGGGACAGUCGUGCCGAUCUGGGAAGAAGUUCAGCCUGAGGACGUGGUCGUACUCAAGGACAUCAUGGCAUCGCGCCGGGAAGUCAACGAUGUAUCGCUGCAGUACAGUCGAAUCCCAAUCACAGCUGAGAAGCCGCCAGACUUCGCUGACCUCACAGAGCUCAUCGAGGUCGUGCUCAGGACGUCGCCAAAUACGCCCAUUGUUGUGAAUUGUCAGCUUGGACGCGGGAGGAGCACGUUGGCCUCGGUUAUAUUGGUUCUCAUCCGGGAAUGGCUGGAGGUGCACCGCCCCUCGCCGCCGACGACCCCCUUUUCUGCAAGGAGGACGUUGUCAAUGUCGAUGACGCUCACGGAGCCGCCCGUGAAAGCGCCUAACAGGUACUCGUAUCAGGUGAUCAACAAUCUCCUGAGAGUUAUUCGCAAAGGGCCAGCAGUGAAAAACGCGGUUGACGAUGCCAUUGACCGAUGCUCGGCUGCGUACAACCUCAGAGAUGCCAUUGAGGACUCCCGUGUUCGUGCGGAGGAGGCGUCUGACGACCUUCAAAAGAAGGUCCAUACAACAAAAGGUCUGCUUAACCUUCGCAGGUACUUCGAGUUGAUCGUGUUCCAGUCGUAUCUCCAGUCAACGGAACCCGAUACCAUGCAGUCUUUCGAGAGCGUAGAAACGUUCGUAAAGAAUCGGCCCGUGAUCAAAACCUUUGAAAAGGAAAUGCUGUCAGACGGCAUAAACGCGUUAAAGCCUCUUGGUCGUGCAAACAAUAUUGCGAGCGCAGCCGAUCCAGACGAUGUCACAAGAGUUGUGGUAAACAGAAAUGGCAGCAUUCUUUCAGCAUCGACGAUUAUCAAGUCCGAUUUCUUCUCCAAUCUCCAAAAGAUGACCCUUCCAGAGCGCAUUGAGGGUUCACCGAAUUUCCGCAGGCUCCCAAUGACUCUUCAGCUAGUUACCCCAGACGCUGCAUCCCCGCUGGAUGCGUCUGAUUUCGUCGUCAAAGACGACGGUAAGAUGAUCUGCGGAAGUGGAAUGCCUACCGUUGGAGGUUUGAAACGAGCGCUUGAGCGCGUCGAUGCUGGUCCCGGCGGCUCUAACAUGGUCUACUGGACGUCGCUUCGAGAGGAACCGGUGAUCUACGUUUCUGGACGACCGCACGUCCUACGACUCGUGAACCGCCCGCUCGAAAACGUUGAGGCCACGGGCAUCACGACAGCAGUAGUCGAAGGUAUGGAAAACGCUUUCAAGAAAGAUAUUCUACGCGAAGUACGCCAGGGAGAAGGAAGAAUCCUUCUCCACGACGAGGUAGAGGAGAGGCCAGGUGUCUUCUCGAUCAUCCCAAUCUGGGAGGAUGUGACAGAGGACGACAUCAUGACUCCUCGAGAUGUUUUCAACAUGAUCAUCAAACAAGGCUAUCGCAUUGAUUACGGCCGAGUGGCAAUUACCGACGAGCAAGCCCCUCUUCCGGACGCUCUAGCUCAAUUACUGAGCAGAGUGCGCUCUGGCUUACCAGAAGCUGGCGAUUUCAUCUUCAAUUGUCAGAUGGGAAGGGGAAGAACGACGACAGGGAUGAUCAGCGCUUGCCUCAUUUCUUCGACCAUGAAUUGGGAGUCGGUGCAGAAUGAGGUGCCUGUUGAGGACGAACUCGCUCUAGGAAUUUAUGAUACGAUGGAUGGCCCAUCCGAGGAGGAAGUAUACCUUGCUGGUGAAUAUAAGACCAUCCUUCAGCUCGUUGGUGUCCUUUCGCACGGGAAGGUGGCCAAGCGGCUCACGGACCGGGCAAUUGAUCUGAUGCAAGAUGUCCAGAAUCUGAGAAAAGCCAUCUACGAUUACAAGCUGAAGGUUGAGGCAACGGAGAAGGGAACAGCGAAAGAGAUCAAGCUGCGGAAUAUCACGGUCAAUUACUUGUACCGUUAUGGCGCGCUCAUUGUGUUCGCCAACUAUUUGAUCGAGGUGAGAGAGAAUAGAGGACCUGAAGUCACUUUCCCAGAAUGGCUGCGCGAGCACCGAGAGAUUACAAAGUUGUUGGAGAGGAGGUCCUUGGAUUAG